AAAUCUAGGUGCUAUAAUAUUUAGUGUCCUUCUAGUUAGUAUGAAAAUAAUAUAUUUCCUUUUUAUUUUAUUCUCUUUAAUCUCUAUAAAUAGAUGAUAUAAUAUUUUAUUUUUUCAAUACAAGAAUCAAUACAAAUAGCUAUAGUUCAUUCUUUCUUCAAUUUUCUCUCCAGUAUUUUUUUUUUUCAUUCCAUAACAAUUACCUCAAUCAUCACAAUGGAAUUACGUCCAUUAGACAUCAAAAUCAUCUCCGCGGAGAACAUCAAGAAUGUCAACACUUUCUCAAAAAUGGAUGUUUAUGCAGAAGUCUCCAUCCCCAGCUACUAUACCAUAGCCACCCAUAAGCAAAAAACCUUCAUCGACAAGAACAGUGGCACAAACCCCAAGUGGAAUCACUCAAUGAAAUUCACUCUUGAUGAAUCUUCCCUUACAAAACCAGGGCUUUACCUAAUCAUUCGUCUCAAAUCUAAACGCACUUUAGGUGACAAAGAAAUUGGUGAAGUCUCUGUUCCUGUUAAUGACCUGUUUAAUCAGUCCACUUCUGAUGGCACAACUGAGAGGUUCGUUGAGUAUCCAGUUAUAACAGAAAGCGGAAAACCAAAGGGUACUUUAAAAUUCUCUUACAAGUUUGGAGAAAAAUUUACAGCACCUGAGCAAGAAAGAGAUGUAUAUCAUGAGCCUGUCACAGCUUAUCCUGCACCAAUGCAUGGUAAUUCAUAUCCUGGAGUGGCUUAUAAUGAGCAAAAUCCAGGAUACGGAUAUCCUCCAGCUCAUCAAGCUGGGUAUCCACCAGCCGGAUACCCACCGCAAGCUGGUGCACCGGGUUAUGGAUAUCCGCCACAACAACCAGGGUACGGGUAUCCACCCGUACAGCCUGCGUACGGAUAUCCACCAGUGCAACCGCCUAAGAGGAAUAACAAUUUUGGAGGAAUGGGUUUGCUUAACGGUUUGUUGAUCGGUGAUAUGGUUUUGGAUGUUGGAGAGAUAUGCUCAUGGUGAUGGGUACGAGGAUGCUAUGGAUGAGAUGGGUGGUGGCUUUGAUUUUUAGAUUAAUUUUCGAAGUGUAUUGGCCUGAAAUGAAUUAUCAGUAGGUAAAUUACUCAAGAAAUAAAUCUUUUUAUGUUUAUAUAAUGUCCCACAGUCAAGGUGCCCACGCAAAUACUGCACCCCUAAGUUUUAAAUACGUUCCAUCCAAGAUUUGUUUCAUUUUUAAAUUAAAUGGAAUAGUGAUACCUUUGUCGUCAA